UGUUCUUGUUAACCUCUUCCUCUCUAUCCACUUGCACAGUGUGGACUGUAGUGCCCAACUUGGCAACCACCUGCUCCUCCUCCUCCUUUCCCCACGGCCACCGGCGACGCCACGCCAUGCCGUCCAGCUCCACCUACGCCGACGCGCUGGCGGCGGCGCGCCCGUUCCUUCGUGGCGAGGAGGAGCUCCAACCGGACCCAUCCCUCCCAGCCCUCGCCGCGGUCCUCAGCGCCGCGGGCGCCGGCGAGUGCUGGCACAAGCAUGGCACCUUCCUCGCGCACCUCCUCGACGUGCACCGCAUCCUCCGCCUCUGGUCGGCGCCCGACGCCGUCGCCCGCUGCGGCCUCUACCACUCCGCCUACUCCAACUCCUACGUCAACCUCGCCAUCUUCGAGCCCGACGUCGGCCGGGCCCACGUCGCCGGCGUGGUCGGCGCCGAGGCCGAGCGGCUCGUGCACCUCUUCUGCGUCGUGCCGCGGCAGCAGCUGAUUCACGAUGACUUGCUGUUCCACUAUGAGGAUGAGGACCUGGUGGUUGACCUGGCGAGAUCCGAGGAGUCUCUCGCGGACGCGCGGGGAGGGGUGUUUGAGGAGGACGAGCCAUGGCGGCGUAAGAUCCAGCGGCUGCUCCCGGCCUCCGGAAUCACUGUCAAGCACAUCAGGACUGGUGAGGAUGUGGCUCUGUCUAGGCGGGUAGCUGCGGCAUUCCUUCUGAUGACAAUGGCAGACUUCAGUGACCAGCUCUUCGACUGGCAGGACCGCCUCUUCGACAACACCAAUGGCCGCCUUGAGUUCCGAGGCAACACCUGGACGUCCCUCUGGCCUGGCACCGGCAAGCCUGGUCUUUGGACUACCUCCAUCUCCCGCAUGGGCGCGCUUUACUCCCUCAUUGUGCGUGAAGAGGAGAUAUACAUAGCUCACAGAACACAUACCACCGGCCAGGAAGGCGAUGAGACUGCCACACGCGACGAGGACAUCGCCCUGGUGAUCCCUCCCGUGUUCAAUGGCUGCACCAAGGUGCUCAAUGCCGAUGACCAGAAGGCAGCACGAGACCUCUAUUGGGAAGCAGUGUGCAGCGACGAAGAGGCGAUGGACCGGCACAGAGUAGAGGAGCUCCUCAGGCAGACCGUCGCCAAGAACCCUUUCGUUGGGGAACCUCGCCUGGUCCUCGCACAGGUGUGCCUUAAUGCAGAGAUGUAUGAGGAGGCGCAGGAGCAGGCGGAGGAAGGGCUGAAGCUGCUGCUGGAGUGGGGGAGCAGCUGGGACAAGAGGAUGACAUGGGAGGGGUGGGUGUCAUGGGGAAGAGCCAUGCUGACCAAGGCCAAGGAGAAGGACUGGCCUCAUACCUCCUUCGGCAUCCUCAGCCUAGGGCUCGUCAAGUAGAUGUUUGUGUAAUCAUCUCAGCAAUCGCCACAUACGUACAUACGCUUAGCUCGAAAGGUAUGAAAUAAUAUACCUCGCUAGCAAUUAAAUAAUUGGCUCGACAUACAUUGUAAUAGAUGCACGAUUGCACCGACAGUAUAUAAAUGCAUAAAUUAAUUUUCACAA